AGAUGUGAUCGGCUUUAAGACUGGGACAAAUGCAAUCUCCUCUUUUGUGUGUUAGAUUUUCUCGUUACGGAGAGCCUAGAGUACGAAGGAAGAGUGCUGGAUCACUUGAAAGGAAUGGGGAAAAAAGGAGUUUCUUAGGCAAAACAAUUGAUGUGUUUGUUCGGCAAUACUAUGGUGAAGAUGUUCCACCAAAAUUAAGAACAAUGCAAAGUCGACAUUAUUCAAUAGACAAUACUUCAGAAUUAAGGAGCAAACAACCAUCUUUGUUUCAACAAUUAUCUGCUAGAAUUAUGGCAUGCGGCCCUAUUACAGUGGCUGAUUACAUGAAGGAAGUUUUAACUCAUCCAACGGCUGGCUAUUAUAUGAAUAAAGAUGUUUUUGGAGAAAAAGGGGACUUUAUAACAUCCCCUGAAAUUACUCAGAUUUUUGGAGAAAUGUUAGGAGUUUGGAUAAUUAAUGAAUGGAGCAAAAUUAGUAGAGGUCCAUUUCAACUUGUCGAAUUAGGACCUGGAAGAGGAACCUUGUCAAAAGAUAUUUUAAGGGUAUUUAAACAACUUAAAAUUAUAGAUAAAGUGUCACUGCAUUUAGUAGAAGUGAGCCCAACAUUGUCAGCUAUACAAGCAAAAAAUUUAUGCACAUCUACCGAGGAAGUAAAUCCUCUGACAAAUAAAAAUGGGGAAAAUUCAAUUUCUCAUUAUAGGAAAGGCAUUACUAAUGAUGGAGUGAAGAUUUUUUGGUAUUAUUCAAUAACUGAUGUACCCAGAGAUUUCAGUAUCUUUUUAGCACACGAAUUCUUUGAUGCAUUACCGAUACAUAAAUUUCAGAGAACAAGUGAAGGAUGGAGAGAAGUUUUAGUGGAUAUAGAUCCAGUAGCCAAUAAUCAAGAAAAGUUCAGAUACGUAAUAUCAAGGAUGGCGACACCUUCAGUAAAAGCUUAUGUAUCUGAAAAUGAACCAAGAGAUCAUUUAGAAGUCAGUCCACAGAGUAUAGUUAUUGCUGAUCACCUGUCUUCGUUUUUAUAUGAAAAUGGAGGAUUUGUAUUGAUUGCUGACUAUGGACAUGAUGGUGAAAAGACAGAUACUUUUCGUGCAUUUCGUCAACACCAACUGCACGAUCCAUUAAUUAAUCCAGGAACUGCAGACUUAACUGCGGAUGUUGACUUUUCGCUGUUCAAGCGAAUUGCAAGCAAUGAUAAUAAAUUGAUAACCUUUGGUCCAAUCAAUCAAAGAGACUUUCUUAAACAACUUGGAAUUGAUAUACGUUUGCAAAUGCUUUUGAGAAAUGCCCCAGAGGAUCAGAGAGAUCAAAUUCAAUCUGCUUAUCAUAUGAUUACGGACGAGGAUCAAAUGGGAAAAUGUUUCAAAAUGCUUUCAAUGUUCCCUGCAAUAUUGAAAAAACAUUUUGAAAAAUGGCCAGUUUCAGGAUUUCAAAAAAUAGAUGGUCUUAAAAAAUAAUUGUAUAUAUAUAUUUAUAUAAGCAGACUUA